AGUUUGCAUUAGUUCAAGCGAACAAGUCGAAAAGAAGAGUUCAAUAUGGGAAAUUAUAUCGAGUGAAUUAACUCAGUGGAAAUCAGUCAAAUUCAAUCAGAAAGUUUAAAACCUACAAAAAUGUGUUUGAGUAAAACAUUGUUUGUCAUUGCUGCGUUGGCGAUACAAUUUGCCAAUUCUGCAACAAUCAACGCGAAUGUCUGCAUUUGCACGCGUGAAUAUCUGCCGGUUUGUGGAUUCAAUGAUCAAACUUACUCCAACAACUGCGAGUUUCAAUGUGCAAAAUCGAAAGACGCACGUUUGGAAAUCAGAUUCCACGGUGAAUGUGAUGAAGCUGAUAGCAUCCCACCGAUUGAAGAGGCUGACUGCAUUUGUACCCUAGAAUACGCACCAGUUUGCGGCAACGAUGACCUCACCUACUCAAACGAAUGUGAAUUUGAUUGCAAGAAGAAAAUCAACGAGCGAUUAGAAGUCAGACACUCCGGAGAAUGCAGAGAUUCGAAAGAAAUUUCAUCAAUUUUAAGUGAUGAGUGGUUUCCAUGUGCUUGCCCGCUUAUAUACAUGCCUGUUUGUGGAAAUGACGACCAAUCUUACUCAAACGAAUGCGAUUUAAACUGUGCCAAAAAACGAAAUGCAAACCUUAAAGUCAAAUUUCAAGGACGAUGUGAUGAUAUAGAGACUUUGCCGAUGAACGAAGUUCAAAACUUACCAAUCGAUGAACAACUAUGCAUCUGCCCACUGUUAUUGCGCCCAGUUUGCGGUAGUGACGAUCAAACGUAUGAUAAUAAGUGCCUUUUAGACUGCACGAAAAGAACUAAAUCUGAUCUUACUUUAAAGCAUAAUGGCAACUGUUAUUAGUUUGAAAAUGAAAAUGAAACUUAUCAUAACCGUUUUAGCAGGACAUAGAUCAUAAGUUUAUUUAUUAAUUUCAUUUUAACCACUGGAUGGAUUUUCUUUAUUUGAAAUAUAGUCAUAUAUAUUAUGCAAAUACAUUGAAUUUUACUUGAA